AUGAAUUCUCCCACAACGGAGGUUGUCUCUAGUGCUUUUCGACAGGAUAGUUCAAAUGCCAAGCCUCCCCUACGAGGAUAUUCGUCCGACCCCACAUCGCACGUGAUCCACCGUGGCUCCCAUUUCGGCGUUGAUGCAACGGCUGGUCCUGCGGACCCUGCGUUACAAACGCCGCCGGAAACGAACCUAAAGCCAUCGACACUUUCUAAGCAUCACGCGCAUCCAUACAAAGACCCUACGACGUUGCACCAUCGCCGAACCCCACACGCGAUUUCCCGCAACUCGAUGGCGCCGCUUGCUUGCGAGAAGCUGACGGACUUUACGCUCGAUGUGUACUCCCAGCAAUGGGUGCGGAUCAUGUCCGAAGAGUUCAGAGAGCACGAGCUUGCCUUCCGUUUUCGUCAAAGUGUCGACAAGGUGAGUUCACCCUUCGCGUCUGUUCGACGGGAGGGUCUUUACGAGGCGCUGGAGAUUCUCAUCGACUUCACCGCGCAAACCUCCACACGUCUGGCGAGGGCCCCACACGAGGGGAUGCCGGUGGAAACCACACCGCAGACGGAGAGCGGUAAGCGCUCGACGAACGCGAACCCUCAACAUUCGAAUCCGAACCGAUUUCCGUCAUCCGAACGGCGAGCCGGGGGCGCGGUUCAGAUCCAGCCGUUUGAUGCGAUUCGUUUCUCCAACCUCACGCCAAGUGCCGUUGCCGGGAAAGAUCGGGAAGGGAAAGGCCGCUCGCAAGGUAGCCCCUCGCACCCCUCUCAGGGGGAGGAUGGCGAGGGAGCGGAGCUCUGGACGCACGUGCAGCGGGCGCUGAGCACCCUCAACCUCACCUCCGCGCUUUUUCAUCGGAUUUUACUUCCGCGAACGGAGGUGCGGGCGAGGGUGGGGUUGAGGGAGCUCGUGGAGGUCGUCUUGAGUGAGGAAGAGGCGCUGCGGUGGACCUCCAUCGGGAAUAGCGCGCAUGGCGGGAGCGGCAGCAGUAGCAGCAGCGCGAUCACCGCGCUCUUGACGGAGGUUUCGUUCGAGGAGCAGGAGCUCGCGCUGCGGUUAUGUCAAGGAAUGUGUCUUUUCCUUCAUUACCAGCGCCGCUGCAUCGCGGAGGGGUGCCUGAUGCACUACGCCGCGGAGAUCUUUCAGUGCUUCCUCCAGCACGUUGAGGGGAUCUUUCAGAAGCAGCGGCGGCGUCUGCUUCGGCGGCAUCAAGCAAGGGAGGAGGAAGAGGAAAGAGGGGCUCGGUAUUUCUUGCCGGAGGAGGCAACCGUACCACGGACCCCUGGCGUGUUUGUGGAGGUGAACCCCGCGCAGGUGCGCGUGCUCAUCGCACUCAUCGACGCCGUCGAGGCGGCCUGCCAUUACAACCCCCCUGCGUUGAUGCGUUUGGUGCAAACCGGGUGCGUGAAGGCGCUUCUGAACUUGGUUUAUUCCCCCUGCGUUCCGGUGGAGAUUCGCGCCUCGGUGCUCGAUACCAUCAGCGUGUUGCUCAAGGAGGUGGCGCCGUUUCGGAUCGCCGUCGCCGUUCGGGAGGGGCAGCGAAACGACGGUUCGUCCGCAUCCCCCCCUGCCUUCAACCAACCGCAGCAGACCCCCGCGUCGACCUCGGCGGCUGCAGUGAUGCCCACCGAGCGGGAGAAAUCGCUGUUGAGUGUGAUGAUCGAACAAGGCGCGUCCGGUGAGCCCGGCCGCGCGCUGUUUGACAACUACAUGGGCAACGCCCUAUCUCAUAAUCAAAGCGGCGGUCAUCUGAACGAUACGCGGCAGCCGUCGUCAAGCUAUUACAUGGAUCGUGCAACGGCCUCGAGGUUUGAUUCUGCUGUGCGUGAAUGGUUCAGUCAUCACGGCCUAAGCCACACCAUUAGUGGUGUGAUGGAGCUGAGGGACUUUCAAGCGAUGACGGAGGCGCCUAGGAUAGAGCACGAUCGCACGCAGCGACGCGCCAAGCAGAUCCAAGAAAGCAAACUCAUGAGACUACUGCAAAUGAUCGAUGGAAAGCGUGCGGAGGAGCGAGAAGGCUAG